GUCGACCUGAAAGUAAUUCAAGUUUUGAAUAAAAGUAUAAAAUCCAGAGCCAAGUGCAUAUUCAUAUCAUUCAAUUGCCAAGUUCACAAGACUUAACACAAGCAACAUGUUCAACAAAAUCGUCAUCUUCGCGGCGGCGUUAGCAGCGGUGUGUGCCCAACAGCACGGACAUGGUCAAGAACACCACGGCCACGCCGUGUCCUCCCAGUCCUUCGUGAUCCACCAAGUACACCACGAGCACAAGGACCACCAUGCCGCCCCUGUACAUCACGCUCCCCAUCACGAGCAACUCGUGGCUGUGCACCAUGCUGCCCCCGUACACCACUUUGCUCCAGUCCACCACGAACACCAGAAUGAGGAACAUCAUGAUUACUAUGCGCACCCCAAAUACGAGUUCUCGUACAAGGUGGAGGAUCCCCACACCGGUGACCGCAAGUCCCAGCACGAGUCCCGCGACGGCGACGUCGUGAAGGGCGUCUAUAGCCUGCACGAGGCUGAUGGUUCCGUCCGCACUGUUGAAUACAACUCUGACAAGCACAGCGGUUUCAACGCGUACGUGAAACACUCGGAACCCAUCAAGCAUGUCCAGCCCCAUCAUUAUCAUCAUUAAUCAAAUGACUGUGUAUCGUGUCGUAUGCAUGUGAUUGUUAUGUUGUUGAACUGUUGAAUAAAUAGCCUAGUCCUCAAA